AUGGCUUCCACUCUCAACUCUGUGCCAGCUGCCAACAGCUCAUCUGGUAAUGCAGUCAAUGCACAGAACCCUGGCCGGACCUCACUGAGGCCAAGCGCCAGUACCAAGGGGGACGGUCGCCGACCAUCUGGCAGCCCUGGGGACAGUGGUCAGCGGCGCACAAACUCCCACAAGGCUUGGACUCAAGGAACAAACCCCAUCACGCAACGCUCCUCCCACGUCUCCUCUAACGGAAAUAUGGCUCGACAGUCGGGCUCCCCUCGUCCCAACCAGAAGGAGUCUAAUACUCCUGACAGUCAUGCCCAUGAUCGCCUCAUCUUUUUAUUCGCAAGCUUUAUUGGUCUACGCACCACAAUUACAACAAAGAACGGAGACAAAUUUACCGGUAUUUUCUCAUCCUCCACCCUGGAGUCCAGCGAUUCGUCCUUUUCCCUUAAGAUGGUUCAGCGUGCAGACGAGAAUCAGUCUAGGACGAACGGCGCCAGCGACGUGGCCGGUUCUUAUCUCGGGACUGGCAUUGACCAUGCGAUGUCAUUUGAUAUAAGAGAUGUUGCAGAUAUCUCAGUGCCCAAUGUUGUGCCCGCGGAAGUGUCCGUCAAGGAGUCAAAUGGAGCAAGUGGCUUCAGGACCGACAGCGAUAUCUCUGGAAAUCUCGCCAUGCGGGAGCGUACAUUGAAGCGCUGGGAACCAGCUGAGAUGGAUGUUGAUAUGUCAUUGGAGACGAUCGGCGAUUCCUCUGGUUGGGACCAGUUCGAAACGAACGAACGACUUUUCGGCGCCAAGACCAGCUACGACGAAAAUAUAUACACUACCGUUAUCGAUCGCUCGGAUCCUGCCUUCCGCCAGAAGCAAGUAGAGGCGGCUCGUAUUGCGCGCGAAAUCGAAGGCGCGGACACUGACAAUGCCCACAUGCGCGAGGAGAGAGGCUUGGUGGCCCCAGCGACAGGUGAUGACGAGGACGAAGAGGCUAAAUACAGUGGUGUGCACCGUGACAACAAGACCUUCCAACCUCUUGUCUCAGGACAGCCGAACAGAUACACACCCCCGGGCCGCAGACAAUCUGGGGUUCCAGCCCCACCAGCCAAGCAGACAGUGCCCACCACCACUCCUGCGGUAUCCAAGCCCAUUAUUGAGGAGCCUGGACCACCUGCUCAACCUGCACCGGCGGAAAAACAGCCGACUCCGGUGACUGCUAAGCCCUUAACCGAAAUUGAGCAGAAACUGGCUGGCAUCAACAUCCCUGCAGCUACGCCUGCCCACAUCCCCAAUACUGUGAAGCGUCCAGUUCCCGAGAAUGCCACCGCGAAUGUGGAAACCGAGGUGCUAGACCAUUUCCGUCAGUUCGCCAACACUGAGAAACUACGGAUGCAAGAGCGUCGGCGUAACCAAGCAUCCCAUGAUCGGACGAUCAAACUGAACGAACUGAUGAAGUUCUCAAAGAACUUUAAGCUGUCGACCCCUGUGCCCAAGGACUUGGUGCCAAUCCUCGCCAAGGAUCCGCAUAGGCAAGAAGCCAUCAUCAACCGAGUUCAAACUCCGGCAAACACCAAAUCGCCAACCAAGGCCAUUGCACAGAUUCCAGAGCAAAAGCCGGCCAGUCGUCCCAUUGCGCCCACUGGUCCUGCUCCCCCGGUCGCGCCUUCCGACCGUCAGAAUUUUGCCCGGGGCCGUCAAGGAUAUCUCCCCACUGGCCCUCUUGCUGGGGCUGUCGGUCGAUUCUCUCAACAGGCCGUGCAGCCUGGCCGUCCCGGCACGGGUAUGCUCAGCCAUCGCCUGGCCGAUAACAUGCAGCAACGGAAGGGGGCUGCUGUCAUGGGUUCUGUCCCCGCGCCAGUGCCAGUACAGGAUGCCCGCGGUCCCCCCACUGCUCCCCCCACUGGUCCAUCAAGUGAGCAGCCUAGAGUCCUGAGUCCUGGAAAGACUCAGGCUCAGACCACGACUUCUGCAGCGGCCAAGUUCAACGUGCGAGCCAUGGAAUUUAAGCCCAACCCUGCCGCAAACACCUUCACUCCUGGUGGGGCUGCUUCCUCGGGAGGUCCCGCUGCUAGCCCACGCGAUUUCUCGAGAACUCGCUCCAUGUCCCGGGCAAUAACUCCAUCCACAUUCUUUGGAGUGCGAAAGCCUCUGCCUAUCUCUGACAGACCCUCUCUUGAAGAUCAAUUCAACCCCAUUAAACGCAUGAAGAAGGAGAGUGCGGAGUCGACUGAAAGGGUGGUAAUCUUUAACGGCGGUAUCCCACCGCCCUACAAGACUUUGCCAACAUGGGAUGACCCCGAGGGCAAUGAGAAAAAGACUUAUGACCAAAUUCUCAAACCACCUGGAGUACCGUCCGCUUCUCCCCAGGGUCGGUCUGCUUCCAACAACCCUCAUCUGCCUCAGCACCAGAUGUCGUUCCAGUUCCAGCAGUCUGGCAUGGGAUCUGCUUCUGGACCUCCAAAUGGGCCACACGCUCAUCACCCUCACCCCCCUCACGUGGAUGAUCAUCAUCGUAUGCAGCUUUCUGCAUCAUCGUCGCAAGUUUUCCCUUCACCUCGGAUGCAACAAAGCCACAUGGGAUACCCCUCCCCUAUGGCUCCUCCUGCACAGCUAGCGUUUGGGCAGUCCAUGCCGCCAUUUUAUGGAGGUCCCCAACCUGCCCACAUGAGACAUUACCAAGGUAGCCAUGGGCCGCAAUUUGUGGCCCCCCAGAUGGGAGCUCCCAUGAUGGCACAGCAGCCGUCCAACGGACCGUACAUGGGUGUUCCCCAGGGAAUGUCACCCUUUACCCCUCAGAUGCAGAUGUACUCUCCAUCCCCAGGCCACGCCUACCCACAACACGCACCUCCUAGCGGGUUUCCCAGCCCAAGCCGUGGCGCGCCGAUGAUGAUGCACCAGAACUCGCAAUCCGGCCAACCUCCUCAACAGAUGAUGUUCAUGUCUCCUGGCCAACCUGGAUAUGGAGGCCAACAGCCGGGACACGCUCCUCCCGGUCGCGGCGGCUACCCUCAGCAACCACACUUUUCCUCCAGCCCUCACCAAGCUCACCAUUUUCCCCCACCUCAGCAUCGCGCUCCUAACAAUAACUUCAACCAAACUUCCCAGCAAACCCCAACGAUGGCUCCCAACAACCCUGCCACCUCUGGACCUGCAACACACUCUGCCGAGCCUACCGACGAAGGAAAAUGA